GCAGCGUAAUUACAGAAGAAAAAGUAUACCAAGAGAAGACGACUUGGAGAUUUUAUGUGACCUGAAAUCUCUGGAUUUCUCCCUAAAUCUCUGCAAAUUUCGGACUAAAAAUGACAGAAGAUAAGGAAUCGACGUCGAGUUCACUGAGUCAAGGCCUAACUCCUCACGACCCGGACGAUGCUCCCAAGUCUCCUCCACACUCCCCCAAUUCCUCUACUCGCAAGGCUUGCUAUGCUGUUCUACAAAGUUGGGUCUCAAAGAAGUUCAUGACUGGAUGUGUGGUUCUCUUUCCAGUUGCCGUCACAUUUUUACUCACAUGGUGGUUCAUUGAGUUUGUUGAUGGUUUCUUCAAUCCAAUAUAUGCAAGGCUUGGCAUAGACAUAUUUGGCCUUGGGUUUCUUACAUCUAUACUUUUCUUAUUCUUCAUUGGUGUAUUUGCUUCAUCUUGGUUGGGUUCCACUGUGUUCGUGAUUGGGGAAUGGUUUAUAAAGCGGAUGCCAUUUAUGAAGCACAUAUAUUCAGCCUCUAAACAAAUUAGCUCUGCCAUUUCUCCAGACCAGAAUACCACUGCCUUUAAAGAGGUUGCAAUUAUUCGUCAUCCUCGCAUUGGCGAGUAUGCAUUUGGUUUUAUAACAUCAUCUCUUGUUCUUCAGAGGGAUGAUGGAGAUGAAGAGUUAUGCAGUGUUUAUGUCCCAACAAACCAUUUAUACAUUGGUGACAUAUUUCUGGUCAACUCUGAGGAGAUCAUAAGACCAAAUUUAUCUGUUCGAGAAGGAAUAGAGAUCAUCGUCUCUGUGGGCAUGACAAUGCCACAGGUAAUUUCUCCUCUAGAAAGGAUUCCUCAUCCUCAAAGCAAUAGAAUUCCUCUGAACCGGAUAAUAUGAAGGUAGAGUAGACAGGUUUACAUGAUAUACAAAUUCUAUUUCUCACAGAAGACAUUUUUAUAUGUGGAAAAACAAAGCCAUCUCUCUUCAUGUAACAUCAUCACAAUUUUACUCUUUUAUUAUUUUUCACAUUUAGACCCAACAUGUGCAUAUAUUGUUCAAGUUGUAUAAUUACAAUUUCCAAGCUGUGUAAAGAUAUAAAUUGUCAGAUACACAUAUUUACUUGAAAUGUAGUACCAUUCUGUA